UCCUGAAAGUCACACGUGGCACAAUCACUCUUGUAGGGUUGUUGUAUUUUUAAAAUUUCCCCAACGUGUUCUUAUAGUAAAAAUGCAACAGCUGGGGAUUCAGCUGAUCCGUAUUUUAGCUAUCUUCGUAAUGACAAAUGUUGUUCCUUUCCAAGCCAAGAAAUCAAACAAUAGACGAUUUGUUUUAGACGUCAAUGACAUUAAACCUUUUAAAAAGCUGCAAAGAACGCAUACAAAUUUACUAGUUUUGUUCAGUAAAAAUGAUAAAAGUGCAUCCAGCUAUUUUGAAUUGCUUGGUAAUAUUGCUAAAGAAAUCAAAGGAAAGGGGACUGUAGCAUAUAUCAAUUGUGGAGAAAGCAAGAAAUUAUGCAAGAAGCUGAAAGUAACUCCUAAACCAAGUGUGAUAAAGCACUUCAAAGAUGGAGAAUUCAAUAAAGAUUAUGAUAGGAAGUAUACAUUUAAGUCAAUGAUGAAGUUCAUGAGUGAUCCUACUGGUGAUGCACCAUGGGAAGAGGAACCUGGAGCAGAGGACGUUGCACACAUUGAAACAGCUCAGCAACUGAGUAAACUAUUCAGCAAUGAGAAGAAACCAGUCCUUAUCAUGUUUUAUGCACCAUGGUGUGGGUUUUGUAAACGAUUCAAGCCAGAAUAUGCAUCUGCUGCAACAGAAAUAAAAGAUGAAGUGGUAUUAGCAGGAAUGGAUGUAGAUACUCAGGAGGGUUAUAGUAUAAGAAUGAAAUAUAACAUAACAGGGUUUCCAACUGUUAUAUACUUUGUCAAUGGCGAAGAAAAGUACAAAUAUUCAGGGAAAUAUGAGAAGGAUGCCUUAGUGGAAUGGCUUAAGAAUCCAUCUGCACCACCACCCAAAGAGGAAGAGGAGGAACAAUGGAGUGAUGUCCCUAGUGAAGUAGCUCAUCUUACUGAUAGUACUUUUGAUGACUUCAUGGCUAAGAAUCCAUCUGUACUUGUCAUGUUUUAUGCACCAUGGUGUGGUCACUGCAAGCAAAUGAAACCAGAAUACACCGAAGCAGCCAAGACUUUAAAAGACCAAGGAAUUUCAGGAAUUCUUGCUGCAGUUGAUGCAACAAAAGAGAGAAAUUUGGGCAAAAAGUUUAAAGUGGAAGGGUACCCUACAGUAAAAUAUUUCAGGGAUGGCAAGGUAGCUUUUGAUGUCAAUGAAAGGAAAGCUGAUGCUAUAAUAUCCUUUAUGAAAGAUCCAAAGGAACCCCCACCACCACCCCCACCAGAUCCAGAAUGGAGUGAUGUGGCACCCAAUGUCCUCCACCUGACAGAUGAAACUUUUAAAACCAUUAUUAAGAAAAAGAAACAUGUUUUAGUUAUGUUUUAUGCUCCAUGGUGUGGUCACUGUAAAAAAGCCAAACCAGAGAUAGUUAUUGCUGCAGAACAUCAUAAAAGUAACUCAAAGGCUGCAUUUGCUGGAGUAGACUGUACUAAAUACCCUGGUGUAUGUCAGCAAUAUGAUGUCCAUGGGUAUCCAACAUUUCGCUAUUUCAACUAUGGUAAGAAAGAUUUUAAGUACACUGGUGGCAGAACAUCGAAAGACUUUAUUCAAUUUAUGGAGGAUCCAAAAGAAGGGCCACCCACUCCCCCUCCAGAACCUGAAUGGAGUGAUGAACCAAGCAGUGUGUACCAUCUUACUGACGAUGACUUUGAAGAUGUGAUUAAAAGUCAUGAAUCUGUCUUGGUUAUGUUUUAUGCUCCUUGGUGUGGUCAUUGCAAAGCUAUGAAACCAAACUAUGCUAAGGCUGCAGAUGAAAUUGGUAUCAAAAAGGUUAAUGGUAUCCUAGCAGCAGUUGACUGCACAAAACACAGGAAAACAGCAAAGAAAUUUGAAGUCAAUGGAUACCCAACUCUAAAACAUUUCAGAAAUGGCAAACUUGGCAGUGAAUAUAACCAUGGAAGAACAACUGAGGAUUUGGUAGACUUUAUGAGCAGAAUUGGAGAAGAAAAAGCAGCCAAGGCUGAAACAGUGAAGACUGAAACAAAGAAAAAGGAACCGAAAGAGGGUUCUUGGAGUGCAGAAAACAAAGAUGUUGUACACCUUGAUGACACUACUUUUGAUGAUUUCAUAAAAACACAAUCAUCAGCUUUAGUUAUGUUUUAUGCUCCCUGGUGUCCACAUUGCCAAAAACUAAAACCUGCUUUUGGUGAAGUUGCAAAGGAAGUCAACACUGAAAAAAAGAUUGAAGGUGUCAUGGCUGCUGUAGAUUGUACAGAAUCAUCAACUGUUUGUAGCAGUAAUGGUGUGAAGGGUUAUCCAGAUUUGAAAUAUUUCAAAAAUGGUGAAUUCCAGUUCAAGUAUACUGGUGCAAGAAGUGCAAAGGCAUUCCGUGACUUUAUGAAAGAUCCCAAGAAACCGCAAGCACCGCCACCCCCAAAAGACUGGAGUAAAGAUGGUUCUAAAGUGGUUUUCUUAACUGAUGAAACAUUCAAUGACUUUCUGUCCAAUCAUUCUGAUGUCCUUAUAUUGUUUUAUGCUCCUUGGUGUGGACAUUGUAAUGCCAUGAARAAGAACUACUAUGAGGCUGCAAAGGUUUUGGAAGAAGAAAAUCCAAGUGUAAAGCUGGCAGCUGUAGACUGCACUAAGCAAAGAAAAGCAGCCAGUCAGGUCACUAUUAGUGGAUAUCCAACAGGUCAGUACUGA